AUGGUAACUUCAGCGUCUUCCUCGACUCCGACCAACCACACGCUGCUUCGAUAUGGUGGAGCGCCUAACGAGGCGCUGGACGCCCCCAUCACAGAAGCGGAAGUGAGGGCAGAGAUUGGAGCAGAAGCAGAAGAUGACGAGGCCGCGCAUUCCCGUCGUUUUGCGAUGCCGUUCCUCGACUUGAGGCUCCGACGACCACCCCUACUGGUCGCGCUGCUGACGUCCGCCGCAGGCCUGUUGGCGGCUGUGCUCGUGUACCGCAAGAUACGCAGCUGCGCGAAGGACAACGUGCUCCUUGCCGACCCCAGCGCCCUGUACACAGUCAUGCUGAAGCACAGCGAGUCGAUCGGCCACAACGUAACGCUUUUGCGCUUCUCCCUGCGCAGCUAUGGACAGAGAUUGGGCGUGCGCGUCGGCGAGCACAUAGUGUUGCGCGCACUGGCCAACAACCGCCUGCUCACGCGGCCCUACACCCCCGUGAGCCUGUGCGACCGGCGCGGAAGCUUCGAAAUCAUCGUCAAGAUUUACAAGGCCGGCGUGUCUACCAAGCUUCCCAGGGGAGGACUGAUGUCCCAGUUCCUGGACACGCUCCGGCCGGGAGACGAAGUACAGGUAACUGUGAACGGCAGCUUCGUCACCGCGGAAGGCGAUCGGUUACCGCCUGUCAAACGGCUGGGCCUAAUCGCGGCCGGCAGCGGAGUGACACCGAUGCUGCAGCUGCUGCGAAAUAUGUUCGCAGACAGCGCAGACUGCACGCUUGUGCGCAUGAUCGACGUCAACCACAGCGAAAGCGAAAUCAUCGCACACCGGGAACUCAACGAGUACACCAGGAGACACUCCUCAACAUUCAAGAUCUGCCAUGUGUUGUCCGAGCUGCCCUUCCUGGAGCCGAUGCCAGGCGUUAUUCAAGGACCACUGAACCGCUACAUCAUGGCCGCACACCUUCCUGCUCUAGACUCCAAGUCGCUCAUUCUGUGCUGCGGUCCACCAGCACUCAUGGACAACGUAUGCUGGCCAGCACUUGCGGACAUAGGCUACAAAAAUGAACAAGUUCUCUUUUACUGAGCCAGUCACAAUGAAACGACACACCCUGUAAACAAUACUUUCGCAACGCUUUAUUGAAUAAACUCGCAGCACGUUAUUGAGGUGGCCAACUGUGACAAAUUUAAAUUAAGUGUACUCUACCUUGAAGUGCAAUUGGGCAGGUCUAGUUGGCAAUUUCGGUUGUACUUGGUCUACAGCACUUGUCCUCGUCGAUUAUUACUUUGCCAUUCGUGUGUUUGCCACUGUAACCCUUGCACUGUUUAAUGUACUACCAGCAGGCUUGUCACAAAUUGAGACAGCUUUAGUGCAAUAAUUUAUUGCACUGUCAUAAAGACAUAGGCAGGAUAUGCUGUGGUAGAAAUGUAGGCCUGCACAUUGGAAAUAAGAAAUGGAGCUGUCAUAUGGACUAAUAAGAGAAGGCUCAUUCCUUGAGUUCUUAUUAAAUAGUCUACUAAACUUUUCCUUCACUUCUCAUUUCAUCCUGAAGCCAGUAAAAUGCCAGAGAACAGCCAAGAGGCUUCUUCGGCAGGCUGUCGUUGGCACAGUCAUUCCUGUCUUCUUUUGUCGGGUUGCCGAAGCAACAUCGGAGCAUUACAGAGUGGCUACAAAAAUGAGCAAGUCCUCCUUUACUGAGAAUGUGACAAUGAAACACCAGGGCCUGUAAACAACGCUUUCUCGAUGGUUUAUUUGUUCCUACAGGUACCUAAUGGGUUCCCCGUGGGAACAUUGUGUGAGGGGACAGUAUAUAUUUCUGUUUCGACAAAGAGCAUCAAGAUGAAAGAAUGACAAACUUUUGGUUGUAAGAAAAUACAUGUCAAACUCUUCGUUGUAAGAAAUACAAGAUGUACUAGGAAGUCAACCACGAUGCAAUUUACGGACGACACAA